UCCUGGCACAAAAAGUGUUAUGUUAAACACAAGGUGGACAUCACUGAACUUCUGCAAGUGGUCUGUACAGAACCAAGUUCAAGUGAGGUGGUAUCAUCAGAAGAGGAGUAUGUUCCUGAUUCCAUAGAUGAUUCAAACAGCUCGUGCGAUGACAGAUCAGAGCCUUUAAAAAUCAGUUACAAACAAGUACAGAAUUGUGAGGUCUCCACCAGCAAGUCUUCUUCCAAAAACAAAAGACACCACCAAGAAAGUUUUGUAGAGGAAAACAGAGAGCCCGUUUCUGAAGCUGCAGAAUCAUCAACUGAAGAUAUGAUCAGCACAAGUCAGCUUGAAGUAUCAAGAGUUACUGGCAAUAUAGGAAACGCUGAUGCCGAAGACAUAUUUGUUGAUGAUGGUGCUGAUGCUAUGGCUGAAAAAGUCUCAAACACGUCAUCCUUGCUCAGAAAUAAAACUUACUGCUACAUUUGUGGGAAACUACAGACAAAGUUUACACUUCACUUAAAAACUCACGAGAAAACACAUGCAGAUGUUGCUCAAGUUUUAAGUCUUCCCAAGAGGUCCAAACAACGUAUGAAAAUGCUUAUAAAGCUUCGCAACAAGGGAAACCACAAGCAUAACUCAGAGGUCUUGGCGAGUGGAGUUGGAUCACUAAAACUAAGACGCACAUCAAAGAAAAAGACAAUGCAAAAGAUUACAUUCACUGCAUGUACUGCCAGGCAUUAUAUCUGCGACGAGAUCUUUGGCGACAUGUUCGAAAAUGUUCUUCAAAAGCAGUAGAAGCCACUUCAGAGAUUGGAAGAAAAAAAGUUUUGUCUUUGGCCUCUAUGAAUGAGUCAGCUUUGUGUCAGCAGAUAUCACCAGGUGUUUGGAGCGUGUUAGCUGUUAUGAAAGAUGAUGAAAUAACUUCUACUGUGCGAAGUGACUUCUCUAUUCUUCAGCUGGCCCAAUCAUUCUUUAACAAAUAUGGACAGGAUCCCACCAAAUAUGACUACAUUCGCCAGAGACUCAGAGAAUCUGGAAGACUCCUGCUCACGCUUCGCAAGGAAUUCUCAAUACAUAGUCUUGAGGAUGCUGUGAGACCUGAAAAUUUUGAUGUGGUUAUCAAAGCGGUCAAGAAAGUAUCCGGGUAUGAUGAAGAAAAGCACUGCUACCGUACUCCAAGCCUUGCUCUAAAGUUAGGUCACUCACUACAGAAAGUCAGUGAUAUUUUACAUUGCAGAGCACUCAUGGCACAAGACAGUACGCUGAUAAAGUCAACCCAGAGUUUCAAAACUCUCUAUGCUACAAAGUGGUCUGAACUCAUCUCUCACACCGCUUUAACUAUGUUGAAUGAGCAGCAGUUUAACAAGCCCUCCACUCUUCCUUUCACCGAAGAUGUUCAGCGUCUUCACAGACAUCUGGAGAAGACUACAGAACAAGCAUUGAAGGACUUGGAAGACAAUAGUUCACCAAAAUCAUAUAGUGAACUGUGUAAAGCCACCAUGGCAAAUAUAAUACUUUUUAACAGAAGAAGAGGGGGAGAAAUUUCAAAGAUGACAAUGAAUGGCUUUCUGGAAAGAGACACAAGUCCCCUGCAUAAGGACGUCGCAUUUGGACUGACAGAAUUUGAACUUCGCCUUUGUCAACACUUCAGUCGUGUUGAAUUAAGGGGUAAAAGAGGCCGGAAGGUUGCAGUGUUACUCUCGCCAGACAUGGUGAAUGCCAUAACACGCCUAAUAGAAAAAAGAAAAGACUGUGGUGUUCUGGCAGAAAACCUGUUCCUGUUUGCCAGACCUCAUUGUCUGACUCCCUACAGAGGACAGGACUGUUUGAGGUUUUAUGCCAGUGAAUGUGGGGCUGAAAACCCUGAGCUCCUCAGGUCAACGCAAUUACGCAAACAUGUUGCGACUUUGUCUCAGAUCUUGAACCUCAAGAAUCACGAGUUGGACCAAGUUGCUAACUUCCUUGGCCACGAUAUUCGCGUUCAUCGUGAAUAUUACAGACUUCCUGAGGCUACUACCCAGCUGGCCAAGAUAUCCAAACUGCUGCUUGCCAUGGAGAAAGGAUCUCUCAGAAGCCUUCAAGGCAAAACACUUGACGAGAAUGAAAUCGAAGACAACCUACAGUUGACCGAUUCAGAUGCUGAGAGUGAGGUCGAUGCUGAGAGUGAGGUAGAUGAAGCAAAUCUCACACAUCCACAGACCGGUUCUGCAGGACCAUUGAUGGCUAGGCAACCUGUCGAGGAACCUCCAGGCAUGUCUGCGCCAUUAUCACAAGUAUCUCUGGAAAGUGCUAGAAGAGCAAAAAAGAAUCCAUGGUCUCCCAUGGAGGUUGUCGCAGUCAUAUUGUUUUAAUGUUUGUCAAUGUGUUGUCUUUUACUACUAUUGUAUAUUCAUGACGUUUUCUGUUGUUUGUCCUUCUGCCUAGGGACUACAGAUGCAAAUUAGCAAAUAUGCUAU